AUGCCGGCACCUUCGCCUACAUCACCUCCCCUCGCUCGUUCUCCCGAUGGACCCGCACCGACUGCAGCUCCACCUGUAUUGCCCAAGGAUCCCACGCCCAACGAAAUCUUCAGCUUCUACGGCCCCAUCAAGUCAGGCAGCGAGCGUGCGGGUCCACCGUCCAACUUGAUCGGAGGCGGCUACUUUGAUUGGUACGAGCCAGAGAAGGCCGUUGCCAGCCCUGUACGACGAGACGAGACGCCGCCUGUGCCACUCAGCCAGUUGCCCUACCCCACCUUCCCCGCCGAGUAUGCCUCCUGCCGAAAAUGCGAAAAGCGAUACCCGCAAAUCUCCAGCUGCGCCCAGGCAUCGUCCGCCUUCCAAAACGGCACGACAAUCGUAUCUGACCCGACCAAGUACUACUCCAUCAUCAAGUGCGCAUGCACCGACACCUUCCAGUCCGCUUACCCGCAGUGUCUGGACUGUUUCCAGCACACCAACCAAUGCUGGUACCUAGGCACCGACCCUGAGGGUACGCAGGCGCCUGCCAUCCUGGGUAAUAUAAGGAGCCUGUGUGCGCUGGGUAGUGCGUUGCUUGGCGGGGUGGCGAGCACGAAUCAGCAUGGGCGCAAUGGGACGUACACGCCUUAUGACCCUGGGUACUACACGGACGUGGGGAUGACUCUAGGGCCCGGCGGAUACGACGAAAGCACUGGGCCGCUGUUUAGCGGCGCGGGGGGGCAAGUCAAAAUGAGUAUGAGGGCGGUAUGGGCGGCUGGGCUGGUAGCGCUCGUAGCUGCUUCUCUGGCCUAG